AUGAAAACUGUUAAGAUUGAAUUAAAUUAUAAAUUAAUUACAUUUAUUAGGAUUGAAUUUAAUGAACAUUUUCCAUCAUUAAAUCGUCACAAUCCAUACUAUCAACAUUUUACAAUACGUUUGAAUGGAACAAAACCAACGAUUGGUUUCUUAGAAUUUUAUAAUGCAACAAUAAAUCAAUGGAUACCAUCAUGUGAUCGAGAAUUUACCUUAAGAAAUGCUCAGGUUGUAUGUCGUGAGCUUGGUUUUGAUAGUGCAAAUGUUUAUGAAUGGUUAACACCACGUUGGAAUUACAAUCCAAAAAUAAUACUUUCGAAGAGUUAUGUUACACCACGACAAUGUAUGGGAAUGGAAUUAAAACUUGACCAUUGUCCAGUACGAAUGAGUAAUAAUUUAAGUAUGUGGCAAUGUAUCGAUAAUGAGCAUUUUAAUUAUAUACAUUGUGGUAAGCAAACUACUUUAAACAGUAAUUAUAUUGGUAAUUGGGGUGGUAUUACAAUUACGCAUGGUAGUAUUGAUUAUGUGCAAAGUAAUACAACAACAGAACAAUCGAUAUUGCGAAAUGUUGAAAUUGUUGGUGGCGGCUUAGCUCAUAAUGAGACAAUUGAUGUCGCAGCGGUAUUAUCUAUUGGACAUAAUCCGAUAUUUGAUCAUGUUAAUAUCACAAAUUCAUCCAUGCAUGGAUUACAGAUUCUUAUUCCACAUAAUGAUAUAAUUUUGAACAAACUUAAUAUAACACAAAAUCGUGGUUAUGGUAUGAGUUUAUGGUUAUCGAAUUUGCAACGCUCAGGUGGAAAUUCGGCAGGUGUAUUAGGAAUGAUGAAUAUCAUACCGUAUAAUGCUCGUGGUUUAUUGGAUAUUUGCGCAGCGCAGAAACAAUUUGAUAUUACAAAUCGUAUAAUAAUGUUCUAUAAGUAUGAUUCGCAUACUGUAGAUUGUGUCAAAAUUUUUACAUCAUCAGAACGAAACAUUGGAUUUCGAUUUCUUUUGAUUAAUCUUUAUGAUGGCUCUCAAAUGAAUCUUGGUCGUUUGGAUUCAAUUACAUUAUAUAGUGAUGCCAAAUUUACCCAAAGUAUACAUCAAUUUACUUCGCAAACAUCAGACUGGUCAUUAAAUGUCCAAGCACAAUCACUUUUGGCUAUUCAUAUGCGUGCUAAUGCAGCUAAUGGUAUUUAUGGAUUUAUUGCUGAAAUUACUGUUACUCCAACACUAACUCAAACGUAUGCAACAGAUGAAGUUUUAAUACGACAUAGUCGUCUAGAACAAAAUGAUCGUGGUGCGAUAAUUUAUCGUAAUACGGGUGAAAUAGGACCUAAUCUUAUAAUUAGCAAUUGUAUGAUUCAAAAAAAUGGUUAUUAUUUAUUUGGUAAUAUUAGUACAACAAAUUAUGCUAUUCAAUUACACUUCCAUAAUACAAUGUUAACACAAUUUCGUAACAAUUUAUUAAUGGAUAAUAUUGGUGGAUUGUGGAUGACAGCGUUGACAACAAGUCCAAUGGCUCGAUUAACUGUAAUUAUCCGAGAAUGUGCUUUCAUGCAUAAUUUGAAUGGUACUAUUCUUACUUUCUUAGGAAAUGGUAAUCAGAAAUUAUGGUUGUUCAAUAAUUUGAUCAGAGGUAAUUAUGCGUUACGUCACGAUACAGUAUUCCUAAAAGGUAUUACGGCAAAUUUGACGCGUAAUCUAUUUGCUAACAAUACAGGCUUGCAUAAUCUUGAUUUACGACCUAAUUUACCAGAUUCGUUAGAUUCAUAUGUAUUAUAUAAAAAUUGGUUUUAUGAUAACAUUGCUCUUGGACAUGGCUAUCAAUAUCAGGAGCGAUACGGAUAUCAACCGGAUUAUUUAGCAGAUGAAUUUAUGCGCCGACCUAAACGACAAAUAGUAAUGGAAGGUGUAAGUUUUGAUUGGUGGACUCAUAUUGGUACAAAAUCGGAACGUUAUCGAAGUACAGUAUAUGCGGGCAUUUCAAAUGUACUGUAUCGUGAAAAUACAUUCAACAAUCCGAUUAAUCCAUAUGAAUUGGUUGCAGGAAAAAUGACUGGCCCAGAAGGACAUACGAUUGAUGCAAGAGAAAAUUAUUGGGGAUAUCCAGGAACAGUUAGUGUUGCAAGUGGGAAGAUUCGUGAUUAUCAUGAUUAUGAAUAUUUAAUUCGGGUGGAUUAUGUACCAGUUCUUGAAUCAAAUGCAUCGCUUGUUGAAGGUGAUUGUCCAGCUGGAUGGUUUCAAAUUGGCAAAGACGAAUUUAAAUCCUGUUUUCUAUACAGUGGUGCAGCAACCACUUAUAUGGCUGCUGUCAAAUUUUGUCAGGAAAUGGAUUCAUUUGUACCGUAUUUGCGAGUAGAUGACAGUAGACAAAAACAACUUGCAAAACGAAUUGAUGAGAUUAUACAUAUGCGAACAAGCGAUAAUAUCGAUCGUUACAAUACUUUUACAGAUGCAUAUGAUAAACAGGUAUGGAUCUCAGGUGUAUCAGUUCCAUUAACACAAUGUGGUUGGUUAAGUACACGUACCGGUAAUAUUGGUACUCAAAAUUGCAAUAAUUUGCUAUCAGUUAUAUGUGAAAAAGGUGUGCUAUCAUAUGAUGAACCGGCACUUUGGCGAGGUGGUAUAAUCAUUGCAAUAAUUGCAUUAAUUAUACUUUUAACCAUCAUUUUACUGUUAGCUGUUUGUUGGUAUAGAAAAUCACAGAAACGGAAAGAAGAGGAAGUAAGCCGGAAAGAAUGCAUCCGUGCUUCAUUAAGACUUAGCAAAUUGGUUAAUGAAUUACGGAAAAAUGAUGGUGGUGGUCGAAUUUUUACUAAUAUGGCAACAGCUGGAACAUUAAAUGGUAUAGAUUUGCAAACGGACGAUGCAAUCAUGGAUGCUCAUCGUAAUUUAGUUCACGGAAAAGAUAAUAAUUCAUGGUUAACAAUAACAAAACCUGAAUUAUCCACCGGAAUGUAUUCAGGAAAUAAUUCUGUUACUUCAUUUGUUGAUCAAAAUAUUAAAUAUCAUCCAACUGCUGCAGAAUUAAGCAAAGUAAAUUGUACUGUUGAUUCGUCAUAUUCUGGAAAUAGUACUGAAAGUUUUGCAUAUCAUAUGUCACCAUCACCAUCCAGAAAUUUGGUAUCACAAAAGCUAGAUCCAUAUGCUGAAGUAUCAUUAAGUGUAUUUAACACUUAUGGAACAAUUAAUAACCGUACAGGUAGUAGUAUUAGUAGUAAUAAUGAUCGAUCAAUGAUUGAUCGGCAUAAUACGGAUGUAUCAACAUGUAGUACAAGUACGGAUACUGUUGUAUGUUCAACAUGUCAUGAUUGUGGUGAAUCAACACUUACUGAACAUUCAUCAUGGAAUGAUUCUAGUAGUGCUCAAUCAUCAGUUAUUUCUGAUCGAACUAUCCAACAAUUGGCUAAACCACUUCUUAAUCGAACAGAACAAUUAACAACAAAAGCAAUAGCACGAGAAGAUACAUUACAUACAGUACCUAAAACUUUUGAUUCACGUCCACGAUCUGUUUACAAUAAAUUAGUCGAUCUUCCACCACCGCCAUUAUUUGAUCCAAAAUUACUUGAGAUUCAUGGACAUUCCUCCGUUGCAUCAAGUGAUACAAAUGGUGAAACACCACUUAAACCGAUACGUACCGCACCACCACCACCACCAUUCCCACCAUCGUCGCUACCAACAUCAUCAUGUAUUGCUGCUACCUCAAUGGACGAGCAACUUCAUAUCCCAUUAGAAAUCCCGAUUAUUUCAUCACCACCACGGCGUUCAUUGUAUGAAACUACCACAGAAUUGGUUAAAAAUAGACCUUAUAGUAACAGCUCAUCUUCAUAUAGGACUAAAAUUCGUCCUUCAAUACCACCACCUAAUCCACCGGAUUAUGAGUACAUCCGGAAUCCUCAAACAAGUCAAUCACUUGUUGAUCUUAUUACUCCACCAUUACACUAUGAACGAAGUAAUUCAACUGGCAAAACACUACCUAUCGAAACAUCGAUGUGA